GAGAGAGAGAGAGAGAGAGAGAGACAUAAAAGAGGGGGAGGCAGCCAAGCCUCCAUAUCUGUACCGCUUCGCUCUUCCACCUCCGCGUCUCUCUGUAGCCACCAUCUCGAGUAAGCAGAAUCCAUCUUCGAGUAAGGGGUUUUGGGGAUCGAGAACGAUGGCAGGGUCUGUUAGCGAUGACAAUGGAAUGGGGGGAUCAUCGGAGGUGAUCUCUAGCAACCAGAGAUGUCCGUCGGGAGAUUCCAUCUCUGAGUGGAGAUCGUGUGAGCAAGUUGAGAAUGGUACCCCAUCAACGUCCCCUCCAUACUGGGACACCGAUGACGAUGAUGAUUGUGGACCAAAGCCAUCUGAAUUAUAUGGAAAGUUUACUUGGAAGAUUGAAAACUUCUCACAAAUAAACAAACGAGAGCUGCGAAGUAAUGCAUUUGAGGUUGGUGGAUAUAAAUGGUAUAUCUUAGUCUACCCACAAGGUUGUGACGUAUGUAACCAUCUUUCUUUGUUCCUGUGUGUUGCUAAUCACGACAAACUUCUUCCUGGUUGGAGUCACUUUGCACAGUUUACAAUAGCUGUAGUGAAUAAAGAUCCAAAAAAGUCUAAAUACUCAGAUACUUUGCAUCGGUUUUGGAAGAAGGAACAUGAUUGGGGAUGGAAAAAGUUCAUGGAGUUGUCAAAAGUGUUUGAUGGUUUCAUUGUUGGUGACAUGCUUGUAAUAAAGGCACAAGUUCAAGUUAUUAGGGAGAAGGCACAUCGUCCUUUUCGUUGCCUUGAUUGCCAGUAUAGGCGGGAGCUUGUUCGAGUGUACUUAACAAAUGUUGAAGGAAUCUGCAGACGAUUUGUUGAAGAGAGGAGGAGCAAGCUUGGGAAGUUGAUUGAGGAUAAAGGAAGAUGGACAAGCUUCCGUGCAUUUUGGUUGGGAAUGGACCAGAAUGCAAGGCGCCGCAUGUCAAGAGAGAAAAGUGACACCAUAUUGAAGCUUGUUGUGAAGCAAUUCUUCAUAGAGAAGGAAGUGACCUCCACUCUAGUCAUGGAUUCUUUGUACAGUGGCCUGAAGGCUCUUGAAAGCCAAAGUUCAAACACAUGCAGAAGGACAAAGUCAACUGAACACGAGGAAAUGCCACUUCCAAUUGUUCAUGUUGAAAAGGAUAUGUUUGUUCUGGCCGAUGACGUGUUGCAGUUGCUUGAGAGGGCUGCAGCUGAGCCUUUGCCUCCACUGAAGGAUGACAAGGGUCCUCAAAACCGGACAAAGGAGGGAAUGUCUGGAGAGGACCUCAACAAAGACUCAAUUGAACGUGACGAGAGACGCCUUACUGAACUUGGACGGAGGACUGUUGAAAUAUUUGCUGUAACUCAAAUAUACUGCAAUAGAAUUGAAGUCGCUUAUCAAGAGGCUGUUGCUUUAAAGAGGCAAGAGGAACUUAUUCGUGAAGAGGAGGCAGCAUGGCAAGCUGAAAAUGAUCUUAAAUCAAAGCGCGCUGCAUCUGACAAAGAAAAGCGAACUAAAAAGAAGCAGGCUAAGCAAAAGAGAAACAAUCGCAAGAAGGAUAAGGCCAAGGAUGAGAAAUCUGGUGCACUGCUGCAUGAUAAGCACCAGAAGCAGACAAUUUUGGAGGAAAGAACCCUCGUGGAAUUCUCUGCCAAGGAACAGUCUGACCUUGCUAAAUGUGAUGCUCAAGAAUGUGAUGUUUCUGAUGUGUCAGAUACUGUGGAAUAUAAUGUUGAAGCUUGUCAACCAACAGAAGACAGAGAUGUUAGCCCAGUCAAUUGGGACACAGAUAUGUCAGAAAUACAUCCCGCGACAGAAGCUAGUGGCUCUGAGAUAAGUAUUCAACGUGCAGAAUAUGGGAAAAUUGACAAAAAGAAUCGAACUGCCAUGGACGACAGCUCCUCCACAUGUUCUACUGAUUCCGUUCCUUCCAUUGUAAUGAAUGGGCAACACAGAGGACAUGCUUUGCGUGGAUACAACAGCCAAACAUCACCAAGCAGAGAAAAGAAUGAGCAGGCCAAAGAAUGCCAUGAUCAAAUUGGUUCCACCCAUGAUGGUGACAGACCAUCUUUGGAUUCUGUCCCAGAUGCUGGCUUAGUAUGUGAUGAUAGUAGCACCUGUGGAAGCAUUGGACCUGAAUCUGAUUCUUUCUUGUCAUUAAAAGAUCGAACACGUUGGGUAGAUCAGCAUAUUGAGAAGGAUGAAGUUUCAUUACAACAAAAACGGACUGUAAAAAAUGUUGACCUUGAAAGACCUUCAAAGCAGUCACCUGAACGAGCAGAGGAAGUUUCAUCAUCCCCCGCCAGCCCACCUACUGUGAGAAAUAUGAAGCCUACUUCAGAAACAAGUGAAACAAGUGGGCUAGCUCAAGCUGAGCCAGUUCUUUCGAGGCAAGCAUCUACGAACAGCCCAUCGGAAAAAGGAGUGCUGCUACUAACCAGAUCAUCUAAUCCCUUCUCAUCCACGUCCCAAAAUGAAACUCAAAGGCCGACAAGUAUACCAAAGGUCCAGAUAGAUCACCAUGAUAACUCCUCACUGAAAACAAUAUCAAGUGAUGCAAAUGCUGCAUUGUCAAGACCAUCAAGUGCCCCAAUUUUUGCUGCUUCUAGAGCGACAACUUCAGUCAUAUCCACUACUUCAUCACCUCCAUUGUUGGCACGCUCGGUGAGUGCAGCUGGCCGGUUAGGGACUAGUAUUGAUCAACAGUCGGCCACUUCAUGUAGUCCUGCUGGUGCUUCUCAAUCUUAUAGAAAUGCCAUUAUGAAUGGACACAAAGUGAGAGCUUCAGGAAUUCCUAGCUAUUCCUCGUCCUCGUAUCCUAGAGUAAGUCCAGCUUCUUCCUACUCUCAACCUCUCUCUUCAACAUCAGCGACCUCAUCAUUGUCACAUGGUGCAUCAUCGCCUGCAUCCAUAACAACUUCAAUGCUCUGCCAGAGCAGCUCUGUGAGGAAACCUGGCAAUUCUGCAGGUACAAGCAACUGUCCUGGUUUUACUUUUGGCACAGUGGCACCUGAGAUAUUGCAACCGCCGCAUCAAUCAGAAUUGCUUCUUGACGAAUCCAGUCCUGUCUCUUGGUUGAAUGAUAGCACGUCACAAGAAGGUGAGAACAGUCUCUUCUGCGAAUCAUAUUUUCAGGACGUUCCAAGCCUGGAGGUCUCCAGUUCAGGUAAUAGGCGUCCAAUGGGCCUUGCUGACUCGCAGGAUGAGUUUCCUCAUCUUGAUAUUAUCAAUUACCUAUUUGAUGAGGAGCAUAGUAUCGGGAAAGCAGCAACAGUUGGUGGCAUGCUAAAGGGCCCAGGGAAUCAUAUCUUCAAUAGGCAAUUUACCUUUCCCGGACUGCAUGGUUUUGGACGAGGGAGUGACAUGGGAAUGAUGGACCCAGGCACUUCUUUGCAUGGGAGUCAGCUUGAGAGGUCAGCAAGGUAUGCUGGUAACAGUCUCCAGCUGGAUUAUGGCUCACGAACUGGUUGGUAUGACAUACAAAGAGAGGGGCAUGACAUUAUGCUUUCUUCAUAUAUGGCACAACCUACUGCAUUGGCAGAGAGCUUCUUAUGCACUAAUCCUCUAGGUCAACUUCAUUGGUCUGCAGAUUCUUCUGAUAUUUCAUUGUUGAGAAACUCCGAGGCAGAUGGAUCUCUUUUUCAAAUGCCUGUUGCAGGCUAUACCAACUUGGGUUGCAGCAAUGGGCUUAAUGGAUACUCUGUAUUCAGACCAGCAAACGGCCGUUGAAGGCUGUUAAGGUGAUGCCUCUGUGUUCGGCUGCAUGGUCCCCUAGCCCAUUAAUGUAUUCAAGGUGUUUUCACAUGAAAGUUUGGUGUAAUCCUGCUCGCUUAAACGUUCUGUAAAGAGGGAUCCACAAUUUGCUUCUACUCGCAUUUCUACUA